CCCCCGCAGGCGCGCCCGCCCCGUCGGCGUCCCAGCGCCGCAAGCGCACGUCGUUCAGCGCUGAACAGCUGCAGCUGCUGGAGCUCGUCUUCCGCCGGACCAUGUACCCCGACAUCCACCUGCGCGAGCGCCUGGCCGCGCUCACCCUGCUCCCCGAGUCCAGGAUCCAGGUGUGGUUCCAGAACCGGCGGGCCAAGUCAAGGCGGCAGAGCGGGAAAGCCUUUCAGCCCUCGGCCAGAUCCCAGCUUUUCCUCCACCAUGCCGUGCAGGGACCCGAAGUGAAAUGUUUGAAGCCCCAGUCGCCUCUUGAAGUAGACGUGAACUGCCUGCCCGAUCCCAACAGAGUUGGGGAGGGCAUCCCCCACCCGAGCUGCCAGGGUCAGCGCUUCGAAGCCUACUCUCCCCUCUCUGAAGACACUGGUUCAAAGCUGGACUCGUGGGAGGAACACAUCUUCUCUGCCUUUGGUAACUCUUGA